UGGUCAGAAAGGGGUUCAAAUUGGAAGCAGAAGCAGGGAGAUUUAUCAUUUGAACUCUUCUGCAGACUCACAACAGGAACGAUGAGACAGUUACACCUCCUCUGCUGUUUGCUAGGUGUCUUCAUAACAGCAUGGUCAAAGGACAUUUCUUUUGAAGACAUUGCCCAAGGAAGAGGACCCAGGGUUGUAGAACAGGGUCACAAAAGUGAGUGUGUAACUGAAAAAGAAUGGGCUGCCUGUACAGACGAUGACUGGGGCCCCAAAUGUCCAUCUGGCUGUAGAAUACAGGGGCUUUUAAGCCAGACAGAUCGGGAUAUCGCUCAAAGAAUUGACAGAAUUCGAAAAUUUUUAGAGGAAAACAGGAACAGGUACAAAUCUACCGAUCAGUUCACCAAACAAACCUAUGAUUACAUAAGAGAACAACUCGUCUUAGAUUCAGGAAACGAUAAUAAGUAUGUUAAUCUGGCUGACCAAUUACGUAGAAGAAUUGUUGAUCUGAAGCUAAAAAUUGACAACCAGCUCAGCGCACUUAUAGCAUUAAAGGACAAAAUCCGAGAACAAGUUGAUACAAUGCAAGCACUUGAGGUGGACAUUGACAUAAAGAUUCGAUCUUGCAAAGGCUCAUGUGCAAGUGCUUUUGUUUACAAUGUCAACACAGAGAGUUAUGUAACCCUGGAAAAACAAAUAUCUCAGAUAGAAAACAUAAAUUUGCAGAAAGUUGAAAAUGCAAACUCCAUGAGAAUAGUCAAGAUGAGGCCCAUGAGGGGGGAUGAAACAGUAUCUGUAUACAAGUCCACACUGGCUACUGAAGGUGGAGAGAAAAGCAUAUUCGGAAACGUAGAGCAACUCCGACUGUCCUUAGAAACAGCAGACUAUGAGAUUACUCCACUCCCGGCCACUCCAGGCGUUGGGUCAGGUAGUGUUUCAAUGGGCUCUUCAUCUGGUGACAAAGUCACCAAACAAACCGGUAUCACUGAAGAAUCAACCCCAGGUUCAUCUGUUACUACCCACACUAAAGUGCUCACAUGCACCAAAACCAUCAAAAAGAGAAUUGUCUACACAAAAGAUGGUCCGGUGGAGACCAUUGAAAUGACAGGUGGCUCCCCAGAAUGUGACCACUUAGAAAGCUUGGGCACUGAUGAUGCUUCGCAUUCAUCUGUCAAAGAGGGAAAGGGUGACAGUGGUAGCUUUACAACGACGGUGUCUGGUACCUCAGGGGGGGUAGAUGGCAUCUCUGAUCGCUUCCCCAACUUACAUUCUUUCUUCAACAAACACUCAAGUUCAUCCACGAGUACCAAAGAGGUUCGGGGUGGUGGCGGCUCUUCUGUAGUAACCACCUCCACUAGAGAGCUUCCCGAUCACUCAAGAGUUAAAACAGUUGUACACUCUGACUUGGGCAGAGGUGAUGGGGAUUUCGAAAGCCAUUUUGGGGAAGACUUUAGUGCUUUCCGUACAGAAACAGUUUUCCCUGUUGACAGCCAAAAGCAUGAUGGGAAAGGUUCCUCAUCAUAUUCGAAGACCACUGUAGUAAGCAGUAGCUCAAGUAAGGGAGGUCACUUUUCUGAACAGAAAAGUAGAAGUAUUCGAGACAUUCAGGCCCGCAGCCUGAAGAAGGAUUGACUUUCAAGUCUCAAGACUACUCACUUAAAGUUGUCAAAAUAAAAAUAAGACCCAUCGAAACCAAUUAACCCCCCUACCCCUUACACCUAACACUGCUCCUCUGGGUAAUUGUAAUUGAAUAAUGUAGACAAAUAAUGUCUUGUAACUGAAAAAAACAUGAACAUAAGCUGUUAUUGUAAACAUAAUUUCAUUAAACUUACUUCAUCCAAAUUA